GAAAGGUGCGCGUAAAGUCACAUGUGAAGUGAUUCAGUCAGCAGCACAGAGGGCAUAAUGUUCACGCUCACGCAACUCUGUUUUUACUAUGGAUGAAGUUUUAUUGAUCGUCCUGUGUCUGUUUUUGGGAAGAACUUCAGCAUCAGUUGAGGGACUGCCUGAGCCCCAGAACGUCCACUUCUACUCACUGAACCUCAGGACAAUGGUGAGAUGGACACCAGGAGAUGGAGCUCUCAAUGGAACCCUCUACACUGUGGAAUAUGCCAUUUAUGGUGAUGCAGAGGAGAGCAACAGUGAGCAGGUGAGAUGGAGGCGGGUGGAGCAGUGCACCUCCAUCACACAGACAGAAUGUGAUGUGUCUUGGGAGACAGAUAACCUGAAGGAGGAGUAUUACGCCAGAGUCAGGGCUGUCAGCCCACACACACAAUCCCUCUGGACCGAGAGUGAAACCAGGUUCAGACCCAUGUUUGACACGAUUCUUGGACCUCCACUAGUGAAAGUAACUGUGGUGCAAAACUACGUGGACAUCACCAUAAAGGGUCCCUUCAGGAAAACCAAGAGGGCAAAGAAAGAAAAAUCCCUGUGGAAAAUCUUCCCGCACAUGAUCUAUAAUGUCUCUGUGUACAACAACAAGAGCAAACACACGCUAAACUUCCUUCAAAAAAAUGGUAGCUUGACCCUGGGCCCCCUGGAAUUCUCCACACAUCUCUGCGUUGUGGUUCAGGCACAAUCCCAGACCUUCCCUUUGGCCAGCAAACCCAGUGAACGGACAUGUGCCGAGACACCCAAAGAUCCAUUGAGAGAUCAGCUGCUGACGGCUAUGCUGGGAGGUGUGUUACCGUCUGCUCUCUGUCUGUGUAUACUCGCUGUGCUGGCCGGCCUCAUUCACUGCUACAUCACUGACCACAGACAGACCCUGCCCAAGAGCACGGAUAUGGUGCAUGCAAGUGAAAAACGUCAAACUUUCCAACCUGAAAGGCCCCAAACAAUCAUCUUCAACCUGACUGGUACGGGUAGAAUUGGAAUAGAAUCCAAACUGAUCUCUCUUGUGGCUCUGAUGCAGCCCAACUCUGGUGAGGCUUCCUCAGUUGGCGAUACCCAGGCCCUGCCUCUGCCCGCUGCAGUAGAGCCACCAGUGUCUUACGCACAGCAGCAUGUGACAGUGUCGGGCAAUUCUGGUGUGGUUUCAGAAGACUGGCAGAUCGAACGCUCUGGGAGUGACGACUCUGACCUGCAGAUGUGGCCACAGGAGUCCAGUCAUGACAAGGCUGGGGAUUAUGGAAUUGUACUGCCGGCCACACUUGAAACAGAGGACCCGUGUGAUGCUGAGGUUAGUCCGUACAGGACACAAGGCAAGACGAUAGAGCCCAGACAGCCACAGGAUGAAGAGGACAAAGAAGAAGAUGCACAGAUAUUUCUGGAUUGGAGUCCUGAGAUCCCUCUGAUGGGGUUGUUAGGCCUAGAGGACGAGGUACAGAUCGAGAUUGAAGCGAAGAAAGAUGAAGUUCCACUACUGCCUAACGUCAUACUGAGACAGUUAUCAGAUGAGAGCUCAGAGCAGGAGGAUGACUUCACCAAAAUGGAGAAAAACUGGGGCCUUGUUAUCCACAAUAACCCAGAAUAGAGCCUAACAGUUGAGUUCCAGAAUGGAAAAUCCCAUUCAUUUUCUCCAUAGAGAAACAGGUUGUUAGUAAUAAUUAGGGCUGUCAAUUUAACAUGUUUAGUGCGAUUAUUUAUAUGUUUAAAAAUGUAACACAAUUAAUUAUGCCCUGGACCUGUACGUAAAUUCCAUAAUAAAGAAUGUUUCUACAGUUGGAGCAAUUUAAGCUUGAUGUACCACCUUGAUGCAGUAGAGGGCAGUAAGCGAAACUCCAGCUGAACAGACAACAAACCGCAUAAGAUGCGCUCUUGUGCUCAAAGACAGCUGGACCAAACACAACAGAGUGCAGGGAUCUCGAGACGUGUUUUUCAGCUACAUUUAACUUGACACAGCAUCCUAAAACACAGCACUUAUGACUAGAGAUGAUGAAAACAAGUGAGACGCGACACAACCAAAGUAAGACAUAUCAAAAAUCGUCCGUUUGACGCAUGAGUGCAUAGACCAACAAUUAAAAUUAGUGCAGAGGGAUGUAGGCCAAAAGUAGGGUUAUGUGCAAUGAUGUAGAAAUAAAAUAAACAUUAUUUUGACUUUUAAAGGUACUUUUUGUAUUGUCUAAAUGCUUUACUUGACUGCUGCCACAAUAUAUACUGUUUAUUAUGUAAUGCAUUUGACUUGUCUGAUUUAUAAUAUUUAUUAUAUAUUACAUUAUUUGUAUAUAAUAUAUUUGUAAUUAUUAUAUACUAAAUUAUAUUUACUGGGGGGCCUUUCUCAGUAAAUAUUGAUAUGUGAUUAAUGCGAUUUAAUUGAUUAAUUAAUGGUGCUGUAAGUGAUGGAAAGGUAUGCAAAAAAUAUUCCUACGUCCUUAAAGAUAUUAAUGAAUAUCUUAAUAAAGUGUUGUGAGAUAUCUCACCGGUCUCUGUGGCAGCUGUAGACUCUGUAAACAGCAAACAAAUAUGUGUCUGCGCACCGCAUUUCAUUGCUUUUCACAUUGAUGCUUUUCACCUGUUAAUCAUUUUGCGCGUACUCGUUGUAUUGUAGUUGCAGGGAAUUAUUGAGGCUUAAUGCCAUUUUUAUGGCAUGUUGUUCAUAACAGUUGUUAGUUGAGGGCGCUAUUUUGCUGCUGUUUGUUUUUAACAACAGUUUCUGCAUGAUGUCGGUCUCAAUAAAGCUCAUUUGUUAUCUUUGGAGUGCGGGGUUUUGGAAAGAGGGGGCUGUGGCUAAUCCAACGACUCAGUCUUGUGGUUGUAAAACGGCUUAAAUCGAUUACAUCACCUUAAAUUAACUGAUACAUCAUGUAAUUAAUUUGAUUAAAAAUUUAGAUAAAACAGCCCUAGUAAUAAUGUAUUACCCUUUCAAGCGGCAAGAUUGUUUAGCUUAUGUUGAAGCCACACGUCAGUGUGAUUUCAACUUAAUUUUGAGAAAAUGCUGUUUAACUGCCACAUUCCUGGAGUAGAACUACAUUACCCAUAAUCCUGAUCAUAUAUAUAUAUAUCUGAUCAGUUCAUUCCCUCAUUAAAGAUGUUACAGAGACUAUUUAGCCCAAGAUGGAGCACUGGUAUUAAAAUAAAUGGGAGAAAUUGUAACACCCAACAUGUUGAAAAGGAAGUCCCGCCUUACGGGUAAAAGAGCCAAUGACCUUUUAGAUAUAGACAUCACCUAUCAGUCAACUCAAGAAUGCACAUUGCAUUAGCUGGACAAGCCUGAAAAAUAGCAUUUGUUUUAGUGUGAUCUGAGCUAAAGAUGCACAAUUUACAAUACCAGUGUUGUCAGAUUUUACUGCUGAUUUGAAAUAGCUUUCCAAAGAUGGCCACCGAGCUUAGUGGACUGACUUGUCUGGAAAGGGACCUAGUCACAGUCUCUCUGAUUUUCAUAUACUUUUUGCUUCAUAUCAAAGUUUGUAAUGUUGUGAUUCAUCUCUGCACUGGUCUUUAUUGAGAAUUCUUUGAAAUACAUAUGGAGGAAAUGAAUGGGAAAAACACUUCUGAAACCAACUCUGUAGAAUAAGUGGGCGUUCACUGUUGCGCUCUACAAACACAGGAAACUUUAUGGGAUUUGCCUGUAUCUCAGAGUUCUGAGAGAAUAUGAAGAGGAUAAUUAUAGUUUACACUUGCUAUUGAUCUGAUCUGUUUUCAACUUUUAAAAGUACAGAGCUUAAACAAAUGAGAUUUAAUGAAGGAAAUUUCAUUUUUUUUAGGUAUAAUUUAAAAUGCAAAAUAACACUUUGCACUCUGAAUAUUUGACCUUUCUGGCACUCUAUGGGCUUUGGAGUGUUUUUGAAUAAAUUCACAUUCUCAUGUGUCAUAUAAUAUUGUAUAUAUUGAUAUACUGUAUAUCUAUAUGAAAUCAACAGUUUUAUUGAAGUAUUAACAUUUUGUUAAAGUGCAAGGAAACUCUGAAAGCUUAAAUGUGUAAGAUUGUACAAAGUGGUACAAAUACUUGUGAUUUUUUACAUGUUUUUAUUUUAUAUAUGUGAAAGUGAAAACGUACAGAGAGAUUCAGAGUAUUUUGCGGUGGCAUGGCAUUAUUAAUGAUUGUAAAACAAGCACAAACUCACUUUAAGGAGCAGAUCACUACAAUUCUGUCACUUUUCUUUUACCUUUCAAAACAAAUAAAUUAACCUGAGGAG